AUAGUCUCCUCCUUUGUUUCUUGAUUUGUCUUCAGCAUUCAGGCAAUGGAGUUCCUUGGUUGCACAAUAGUAGUCCUUCUGACAUUGUUGAAGACUGUUCAAGCCUAUGGAGCAGGAUGGACUAAUGCACAUGCUACUUUCUAUGGAGGGUCAGAUGCUUCAGGGACAAUGGGAGGAGCUUGUGGUUAUGGGAAUCUUUACAGCCAGGGGUACGGAACCAACACAGCUGCACUGAGCACUGCUCUAUUCAACAAUGGGCAGAGCUGUGGAGCUUGCUUUGAGAUCAAAUGUAACCAAGAUCCGCAAUGGUGCCUGCCUGGAUCUAUUAUAAUCACUGGAACCAACUUCUGCCCUCCCAACCUUGCUCUCCCCAAUAACAAUGGAGGCUGGUGCAAUCCUCCCCAGCAGCACUUUGAUCUUUCUGAGCCAGUUUUCCAACGAAUUGCUAAAUACAAAGCUGGGAUCAUCCCUGUUCAAUAUAGAAGGGUUCCUUGCAAGAGGAGUGGUGGGAUCAGAUUCACAAUCAACGGUCACUCCUACUUUAAUUUGGUGCUAAUAACCAACGUUGGUGGAGCAGGUGAUGUUGUAGCUGUGUCCAUAAAAGGCUGUAAAACCGGUUGGCAGGCUAUGUCCAGGAACUGGGGCCAGAACUGGCAGAGCAACAGCUACCUUAAUGACCAAGCCCUCUCUUUCACUGUCAAAACCAGUGAUGGACGUUCUCUAACCUCCAACAACGUGGCCCCAUCCAACUGGGGUUUUGGCCAGACCUACACCGGACAGCAAUUUUAACUCUCCGGCCAGAUCAUCAUCCUAGCUAACCAAGUUGAACCUCCCAAAACUAAGCCUUAUUAUCACCUCUAACUCUACCCAUUUUGGUGGGCAUUUUUACAUGGUCCUCCCAUGUCUAAGUCAAUGGAGGGUAUCUACAAACUGUAGAACCCUUCUUAGUAGUAAUUAAAGUCUAGUAUUUUCCUUUUCCUCUUUCCUAAUGUGUUGUUGUUCUCUGUGAGUGGUAUUCCGGCUGAGGUGAACAGGGGUUUUCACCCGCCCAAAGACAGUUGCUUUUAUGUGUGGUCUUUGGUAACAACUACCAAGUUCGUUAACUGUUAGGCGAGGAGAAGCUGCAGUGCAGGUCUUUUUUCUGCCAAAAGCAUGUGUACUAAUAUCAUAGUUAUUGUAAAAGGCAUAUCGCCUGCUUUAUGUAUCUGAAACAUUUAAUCUUAUAUAUAGAAAUAAGUGUUCCGAGUGUUGUCAAUGCCAGCAUCUUAUGUUGAUUGUUCAAGCAAUAUGCUUUCUUUUACAAUGUAAAAGUUUGAUGUUGAACCCAGAAACCAAAAUCUCACAUGGAUGCCAUUUUACAGGUAUUGAGUUCAGAAAAUGGAUGUUCUAAAGUUGAAAAGUUGUGAAUUUGAGCUUUUACCUGAGAUAACAAACAAUGUUAAUCUGUGAAAGCAAAUGUCUUGAUAGUAGAGUUCAAAAAAUGGAAGCUUGAUGCGCCUCGUCCUUGAACGCCACCCCUUUCCCAAUUCCCAUAGCGUUUGUGCAUCAGUUUCAGGAACUCAUGUUGUCCCCUUGAGAUCUCCAUCUAAACUUUCAUAAU